UUCAUUUCGUUGAUAAACUUACUUAUUUGUAACAUUAAUACUUAGCAAAAUCCUUAAUAAUUAAUACUUAUACUAAAUAAUAUUAACUUGGUACCUACGUAAUAUUGUAACUGCGUCGCUUAAAAUGGCGACCCGCAGGAAAGUUGAAGUCGAAGGAGACGAACAAGAUAUUCGUCACAGAGUUUGUACUCAUAAUGCAGUUAAGCAAAGACUAUUCUCUCAGGUUCAAAAACUAUACGAUACUUCUUUGAAAAUAUGUUCGAAUCCUGAAUCUGUAGACAUCGACAUGUUUUUACUUCGUGCCUCUGAAAUUAAUUCUAUUCGCGAGAAAUAUGAAAAGGUAACAAUUAAUAUAUUUGAACUAGAAGUUUUGUUAAAUCCUAAAAUACAGUUUAAUUCUAGUGAAUUAGAUAGUUUUGAUGAUUUAUUCUUCCAAAUCAAAAGUUGUGUUAAAAACCUUGACUUAAAAACAGAAAAUAACUCGUCAGAUAAUUCAUCUAAAACCGAAAUAAAUAGUCGUCCUAGGUUACCUAAACUUGAGUUAAUCUCCUUUGACGGAAACAUAGAAAACUUCACAACCUUUUAUGAGACAUUUUGCUCCUUAGUUCAUAACCAAAAAGGCAUAUCAAACAUUGAUAAGUUUCACUAUUUGUUGUCAUGUGUUAAGGGUUCUGCCCUCAGUGUUAUUAAAAGUGUACCAAUUACAUCAUCGAACUAUGAUGUGGUAUGGAAAGCCCUACUUGAUAAGUACCAAGAUCAACGUAUGGUGGCUAGUAAAUACCUUGAUAAAAUGUUAACUUUUCCACCCAUUUUAAAAGAAUCUCCUUUAAGUCUAAAUAAUUUUAUUGAAAUCUUUGAAAAUUCCUACAAGGCAAUUUGUUCACUUAAUAUACCUAACCUUCAUAGUUACGUCAUCUGCCAUAUUGCGUUAAAAUCACUUGAUCAAAAUACUCGCAAAUUAUUUGAGCAAAGCAUUGAUCAAACAACAAUUCCUUGUUAUGAAAACUUAAUAUCCUUUGUGCAAAAUCAUGUUAAAGUAUUGGAACAUUCACAAACGUAUACUUCAAAUAUAAUUAUACAAAAUAAUGGCACACAACGUAACAAACAACAUUUGAAUUUAAACACUAAUAAUAAUAAAAACUUAACUUCACGUAAAAAUUAUACUCAAACAACGAACAACAAAAACAAAUUGAAUAAUUAUGCAUGUCUUCACUGUAACGAAAAUCAUAUGAUUUUUAGGUGUACAAAGUUUCGUAAACUGACACCAACACAGCGUAUUAGCCGUGCUAAUACUUUAGGGAUUUGUCAUAAUUGUUUAAAACUAAAUCAUACAGCUGAUGAGUGCCGCAGCGAGUUUCGAUGUUACACUUGCGGACAAACGCACCAUGCUUUGUUACAUGUUGACUAUAACAGCAGUGCACCCGCGGCCGCCGGCCGGCACCCUCUCCCUGCGCCGCCCGCGCCUGUUGACGCGUCAAUCAUGCACUCGCGAAAUGACAACUGCCACUCAUCGUUAUCAGAUAGCAAACAAUAUUCCGUUAUAUUAGGUACGGCUAUAGUUAACGUUGUUGAUGUUUUCGGAAUCAUGAGGGUAGUUGUACGUGCUCCAAUAUCCGAUGACACAAGUCGCGCUUGGGUUGACAAGCGGACAGAGACAAUUGAUCUUUGCUCGGGCGUGGUCGAUAGCACUACAUAUGUAAACCGUGUUUACCCUGAGUAACCAGUGAUCAUCAAGUCUAGUGUUGACGUUCAGUACUAGUGUCUAAAUACAAAACUUUGAAAGCUUGCGAUCGCCAGUGACGUUCACCUGGAACACCAGAGUCAGGACCGUUGGAGCUGCUGCGCCGCCGCCACCUGAGUGACAUGGG